GCUGUCACUGAUCACGUGAUCCGGAAUGUGGAACUUAAUUCCUGCGUUGGACUGCUCCCAGCUGCUGAGCAUCUGCCAGCUGCAUAUCAAAGGUUUCAAUCCGAAUCUUACUUCUUCCUCGGGGCACCGUGCUGCCUGCUCACAGAAAACCAUGGCGGACCAAGCAUUUGUGACGCUAGCAACAAACGACAACUAUGCCAAGGGAGCAAUGGUCUUGGGGCAGUCGCUACGGAAACACAAGACAACCAAGAAACUUGUGGCCCUCAUUGGGCCCCAUGUUGCUGAGCCCUGCAGGCGUGUGCUGGAGUCGGUGUACGACGAGGUGCGUCUGGUGGACGUGUUGGAGUCCGGGGACACCGCCCACCUGGCCCUCAUGAAGCGCCCGGACCUGGGGGUCACCUUCACCAAGCUGCACUGCUGGACCCUCACGCACUACAGCAAGUGUGUGUUCAUGGACGCAGACACCCUGGUGUUGUCUAACAUAGAUGAACUGUUCGAGAGGGAGGAGCUAUCGGCAGCUCCGGAUCCUGGUUGGCCAGACUGUUUCAACUCCGGGGUGUUUGUGUUCACGCCGUCCAAUGAGACACACGAGAAACUGCUGGCAUUCUGCAGUGAGAACGGCAGCUUCGAUGGUGGAGACCAGGGGGUUCUGAACAGUUACUUCAACACCUGGGCCACCGCAGACAUUUCCAGGCACCUACCCUUCAUCUACAACCUCAGCAGCAUCGCCAUCUACUCCUACCUCCCAGCCUUCAAACAGUAUGGCCACAAGGCCAAGGUGGUGCACUUCCUGGGAAAGGUGAAGCCCUGGAGCUAUUCUUACGAUGCCCAGAGCGGAGAGGUCAAGGGUCACUCAGUGGCGCCCGGCCUGUGCGAGGUGCAGCCCGACUAUCUGCGCCUGUGGUGGGAGUUUUACUCCGGCGCUGUGCUGCCUGCUCUGCUGGAGGCCUAUGGAGACACACCCUUCAACACAGGCUGUGUGGAUGAGAAGUCCCAUGAAGAGAUAAGGGAGAUCUUGACAUCAACAUCCCAAGCCGCCUCCUCCUCCACCUCCUCUUCUUUUGCACCCUCUUCUUCUUCUUCUUCUCCUCCUCCUCCUCCACCCAAGGUGCCCUCCGACGAGAGGAAGAAGCGGUGGGAGGCGGGCCAGGCGGACUACAUGGGAGACGACUCCUUUGUCCACAUCGAACGCAAACUGGACUCCUUCCUCAAGUAACACUGGUGGAGGAGUAGAGCGAAACGAAGGGAGGGAGCGACGAAGAGAAAGAGUAAACUAUUGUAGGCUAUGGUGUUCAAGGAGGGCGGGGCCAUUCCACAGCCACCCCAACCAAUCAGAAGAGGGAUGAGAUACUUAAAAAAAGUAAAGUAUGCUCUUUGAGGGCCUGAGCCGCCCUGAGUUCUGUCACUGUAUGUGUGUGAGAGAAAAGUAGAAAAUUACCAAGAGUUAAUAAAGCAAUGGUCUUAAAACUGCUGCUUAUGUAGAAAAUAACAGAUUAAUAUAUUAACAAUAUAAUCAGUCUUCCAGCAGCUGGGAACAUGCUAAAAAGCAAAAGCAGCUACCAACCACCACCAAGAUGCAUUGGACAUCGGGAACAAAAAUAUUUCCAGGAGGCUUUUACUUUGAAGGAGAUCACUCGUAAAUAUCGCAUCACUACAUGCUGCCAAUCUCCAGUCAGUGUUGAAGGAGCAUGACCACUCCCUUCUUCAAUUGAUUAGAUAACUGGUGUGAACACAAACCCAGACCAGCUUGUGUCCUCACGGUGGUCCCACCUCACCUCUGUAUCCCCCCUACACCAGCCCUCCGUUAGUCCUGUGAUGUUUUGCAUGGCAGAGCUUCCCUCACUGAAUGAAACUCUACAAAUGUCAACACUGAAGACGGAAAAUUCUUCUUGUAUUGUGUCCGUGUUAAGAUGACAAAGGUUUAUAUUAUGCAGUUUAUGGUGUGAUCCCAGUCAACCCCCCCCCCCCCCCUCUUCUGCAUGUACUUCAACCUGCACAGCAGCCAAACCUCCAGAGAGAAUAUAUUUUUGUGCCAUGAUCCAGUGUUCUUUAAGUGUUAUAGUGUGUCGUAACCAGCUGCCUUACCGCUGUUCACUGUUUACAAAACCCUUUAUUUACUCUUAUUAACUAAUACUGCUGCUCGGAUGCAACGACCAUGCCAAACUCCGCUUCUCGGUUGCUAAAACCCCACAGAAAUGAUCCCCUCCUCAAGUAGGAUCCCAUUGUCUGAGUGUAGUGGCUAGGGUGUCCGACUCCCAGCCGAAAAGUACGCAGCCUAACCUGUAGGCGUCCUUCAGCAAGAUACCCUAACCCCCUUAAACUGCUCCAUUAAGGACCUAAUUGGGAAUUCACGAGAAGUCGCUUCAAAUUAAAGCGGAUACUAAAUGACGAUAAGAUAAGUCGUUCAGAAUAUGCCUGGAGGCUGAAGUUAACCACAGCACUGUGAGAUGAGACGGACAGGCAGUGGUCUGUCUGUUACUUUAACUGUACUUCUUUUCUGUCUACGCAAAAAGUUAAUAAACUGGUGAGUAGCAGUGGCUCUUCACACUCUUGUCUUUCUGACCUGAAAGAUGCAGAAGUUGUAAAAAUAAAAAGAUGAAUUU